CGUAAAGAACUUAGGGAGAUGUAGUACAAAUCUGCUCAGUCAUAAGCCUGCCCGGCAGAGACGUCAAGAAACCAAAAACUACAAUUCCCGCUGGCAACGUAGCUCCAGGCCCUCAGUUUCCCUCUCUCCCCCACUGCCUCUGUUUAUCCCCUCGCCUCAGUUGUGAUAGCUAGGGUCAAGUCCGCUGUAGUGAUUGACUGAGGGAACCCUGCUCCCGGGUCCGAGUCCACCUUUGCUAACUGGCUUUCCUCCUAGCCUUCGGCCUUGGGGUGAGGGGGCGUGGCAAAUCUUGACCCCGCCCCCGCCUCUGGGAUGCUGGGGCCUGGUCGCCAUAGCGACCGGCUGUACACUACCACAACUUCACAGGCAGUGGAUGCUGGCUGUCCGGCUGCCCGAGGGUCAUGGCCUCCCCGAAGCCGCGGUGCUCCAGCUUCGCGACCACUUCGAGUCCUGUCAGUUCUCCAUUGGUGGGCACCUGUCCCCAUGGCCCACAUACACCAGUGGUCAGACCAUUCUGCAUAAUCGAAAGCCCUGUUCAUAUGAUUACCGGAAACGAGCAGGUAGUUGGCAGCAGCAGCCCCUGGGCACUACUAAGCCGAGAUACCUGGAGCAGCUAGAGAACUACCUACGCAAGGAGCUUCUCCUGCUGGACCUGAGCACAGAUUCUGCCCAGGAGCUGAGGUUGCAGCCUUACAGAGAAAUCUUUGAGUUCUUCAUAGAGGACUUUAAAACGUACAAGCCAUUGCUAUCUUCCAUCAAGAAUGCAUAUGAGGUGAUGCUGGCCCACCAGAGGGAGAAGAUUCGGGCUCUGGAGCCCUUGAAGGCCAAACUUGUCACUAUGAAUGAGGACUGCAACGAGAGGAUCCUGGCCAUGCGGGCUGAGGAGAGAUAUGAAAUCUCCAUGCUGAAGAAAGAGAAGAUGAAUUUGCUAAAACUCAUUGACAAAAAGAACGAGGAGAAGAUCUCAUUGCAGAGCGAGGUGUCCAAACUGAGGAAGAAUUUGGCUGAGGAGUACCUGCACUACCUCAGUGAGCGAGAUGCCCGCAAGAUCCUCAUUGCAGACUUGAAUGAGCUGCGGUACCAGCGGGAAGACAUGUCACUAGCCCAGUCCCCAGGCAUCUGGGGCGAGGACCCCGUUAAGUUAACACUGGCUCUGAAGAUGACCCGGCAAGACCUGACCCGCACACAGAUGGAACUCAACACCAUGAAAGCCAACUUUGGAGAUGUGGUGCCCAGGAGGGACUUUGAAAUGCAGGAGAAGACCAACAAGGAUCUGCAGGAGCAGUUGGACAGCCUGAGAGAUGACUAUGAAGAGGUCUGCAAGGAGCACGAGUUACUGCUACAGUUGCACAUGACCACACUGAAGGAGCGGGACCAGUUUUAUUCUGAGCUCCAGGAGAUCCAGCGUACCUCUACACCACGGCCUGACUGGACCAAGUGUGAAGGUGUGGUGGCUGGGGGCCCAGAUCGCUGGCAAAUGCUGGCCGAGGGCAAAAACAGUGACCAGCUGGUGGAUGUGCUCUUGGAGGAGAUUGGCGAGGGCCUGCUCCGGGAGAAAGACUUCUUUCCUGGUCUGGGCUAUGGGGAAGCCAUCCCCUCUUUCCUUCGAUUUGAUGGCAUUGUGGAGAACAAGAAGCCAACCAAGAAGGAUGUGGUAAACCUACUCAAAGAUGCCUGGAAGGAACGUCUUGUUGAGGAGCAGAAAGAGAAAUUCCCAGAUUUCUUCUUCAAUUUCCUGGAGAAUCGCUUUGGACCUGGUGAUGCCAUGGCCUGGGCUUACACCAUUUUUGAAAAUAUCAAGCUCUUCCGUUCUAAUGAGGUCAUGAGCCAGUUCUAUGCACUCUUGAUGGGAAAGAGGAGCGAGAGUGUGUACAUCAAGCAGAAGGAGACCGUAGUACAGUUGCUGAAGGAGAUGACAAAUGCUGACAGUCAGAAUGAGGGGCUGAUAACCAUGGAAAACUUAAGCACUGCCCUUAAGAGCACCUUCCCCUUCAAGAGGGAAGAGAGAAUCCAGCAGCUGAUGGAGGCAGGGGGCUGGCAUUCCAACAGUAGCAAUGCAGACUUGCUCAACUACCACUCAUUGUUUAUAGAGGAUGAGGAGGGCCAGAGUAUGCCCUUUGUGCAAAAGCUGUGGGAACAGUACAUGGAUGAAAAGGAUGAGUACUUACAGGAGCUAAAGCAGGAGCUGGGCCUGGAACUCCAUGAUAAAGUAACCCUACCCAAGGUACGUGAAGCCCUGAUGAACAUUGAUCCCGGCCUGGACAAACAGACCCUGAAUAGCUAUUUGAGCCAGGCCUUCCAGCUCCCCAUGACAGAACUGCCUGAGGAGGGUGAAGAGAAGGAAGAAGGCAUUGUGGAACAGCUCCAGAUUGCCCUGGAACAGCUUCAGAUGAUUGACCUCAGGCGCAUGGGGCCUCGAGAGCAGGAGCCUGCAAGCUAGGGCUGCUAUGGGCAGCCUCAGUGCUCCAGUGCUCUAGUGCUCCUAACCCCUAACUUUUAGUAUAAAAUUAUUUGUCUGAACCUA